AUCAUCUACUUCGUCCAACCUCAACGAAUACAUCACAUUGUGUAGUUAUUAUGGACGAUUCAGUUAGAUCACUCAUCAGAUUCGUCAGCAGAGGAUUCUAUAGUACACCAUAUGUUCUUAUAUUGGAUGCAGUAUUACGACAUUCAGUGUUAAGUGAAGAUGAUUUAAUUCACCUUCUAGGGAUCAAACGUAAAGAGCUUAGAUCAUUAUGUAAUAGACUUGUCGAAGAUAGGUUAUUGAUUAAUCACAUUCAAAGAGAAGAAAACAGUCAACAGAAGUUUGUCACUAGAACUUAUUUCUUUAUUCACAUCACUGAAGCUAUCGACUCUAUAAAGUGGAAAGUUCACUCCAUAGUCAAUCACCUUAAGCAAGAAAUGUCUACUUUUGGUAAUCCUCAAGGCUAUGUCUGUCCAAGAUGUGGUAAGAAAGUCAGUCAGAUUGACGCGAUUUCUUUACUAAGUGAAGACAAGACUGAAUUUGUAUGCGAUGUCUGUCAAGGUAUUCUUAUUGAAGAUGAUUCAUCACAACAAGCUACAUUAAAACAAGAAAAAUUGGAAAAAUUAAUGAAGCAGGUUGAUCCAAUAAUUAAAUAUUUAAAGAUCAUUGACGAUUCAAACAUUCAAGAUAAUGAUUUUGAAAGUGCAUUAAUCCAAUCCAUUCCCGCACAAUCUUCAAGUACCGCAUCAUACACGUUGUCCAACAAGAUCAGUUCUAGAUCAAGAUCUGUCAAUUCUUCUGCCGCUGCAGCAUCCAAAUCUCAAGCUACAUUGCAUGUUUCCAUUACCGCCAAUGAUGAAAACUAUGAACGAGAACAGGAAGAAAAAGAAAGAAGAAGACAAAAGUUGGAACAAAAUGCAUUACCAUCAUGGCAUUCUUCAAGUACUGUGGGACAAAGUUCAGCUACAUUUGGUAAGUUUGACGAUGAUGAAAGAGAAGGUACACCUUCUAGUAUAAAGGAGGAAGAUGAAGAAAAGCCUUCAAUUGACGAUAUUGAAAUGAAGGAAGAAGUUGAAUCAACAGCUGAACAAUCUUCCACCAUGGCAACUCCGGAACCUUCCACCAACCAAUUCACUAAUACUAGUACUAAUGCUUCGGAAUUGAAGGAUAAAGAAGCACAAGACGCAUUGGCUGCGUAUUACGCACAAUUGGCAGAACAAGAAGCUGCUGAAGAUGAAGACGACGACGAUGAUGAAGAUGAUUUCGACGAUUUGUUGUUGGAAUAAGCUAUAAGCUUAUAUAUAGAGAAAAAAUACAUAUAAUCUGGGGUUAACCACACGCGAUUUAUAGAGACACAAUUGUAAUUACAAACUGUA